UGCACCUGAAGGCAGCACCGCCGUUUAGAAAAGGCAGCAGCAGAGAGUCGCAGUCAGUGUGGCAGCUGGGAAUGUGAGGGUUUCAAUACGGACCGCUAUUUUCAGGACUGGGAACAGUAGCAGGGCUGGCCCGGGAAGAGGCUCUGCCCACAGCUCUGCUGUAGCCAACACACUGGCUUUAAUUUGAGAUCCAAACGGGCGACCUGCGCUUUGUGUCCGUUGGGGGUGUCGGUGUUCCCGGACCGCAUCAGAUGGUCAACGGACAGCCGUUGGUGGCUCACUGCGGGGCUGCGUGCUAGAGGGAACCGACCGGAGCACCGCGUUUUGAUCGCUAACACCUUAUCUCCCCGCCUGGUGGGUCCGGUUAAAAAUGCAGUGAAGUGUCACCCGUCAAGUCAGUGUAAUCUUAAUGUUUCCCGGCGUGAAACGCUCGGUUAAAUGUGCCUGUUUCACCGCUGCCAAACCACUCACGCCAACGACGAUGGACUGAAAUCUGCGGCGGGGGCGAACGACACACAACCUGCCGCGAUUUCCUGCGUGUAAAUAAAUAAAUGAUAGAAGAUACAAUGACCCUGCUGUCUCUGUUAGGUCGGAUCAUGCGUUAUUUUCUGCUCAGACCGGAGACCUUGUUCCUGCUGUGUAUCAGCCUGGCUCUGUGGAGUUACUUCUUCCACACGGACGAAGUGAAGACCAUCGUCAAGUCCAGCCGGGAUGCGGUCAAGAUGGUCAAGGGGAAAGUGGCGGAGAUGAUGCAGAACGAGCGGUUCGGCGGGCUGGACGUCCUGGACGCGGAGUUCUCCAAGACGUGGGAGUUCAAGAGCAACAACGUGGCCGUGUACUCCAUCCAAGGCCGGCGAGAUCACAUGGAGGACAGGUUCGAAGUGCUCACCGACAUCGUUAACAAGAGCCACCCGUCUAUAUUUGGGAUUUUUGAUGGCCACGGUGGAGAGGCUGCUGCUGACUUUGCCAAGGCCCACCUGCCCGACGCUCUCCGCCAGCAGCUACUGACGUACGAGCGGGAGAAAGAGCGAGACAGAGAAAAAGACAAAGAGAAAGACGAAAAGAAGGAGAGGGGUGGCCUCUCCUAUCCUUCCAUCCUGGAGCAGCAGAUCCUGACGUUGGACAGAGACAUGCUGGACAAGCUGUCUGCCACUUAUAAUGAAGCAGGUACCACAUGCCUGGUGGCCUUGCUGUCAGAUAAAGAGCUGACGGUGGCCAACGUCGGGGACUCACGCGGAGUUCUCUGCGACAAAGACGGCAACGCCAUUCCCCUUUCGCAUGACCACAAACCUUACCAGCUCAAAGAACGAAAGAGGAUCAAGAAAGCUGGUGGUUUCAUCAGUUUCAACGGUUCAUGGCGCGUGCAGGGCAUCUUGGCCAUGUCCCGUUCUCUGGGCGAUUACCCUCUGAAGAACCUCAAUGUGGUCAUCCCUGAUCCUGACAUCAUGUCCUUCGACCUGAACAAGCUGCAGCCGGAGUUCAUGAUCCUGGCGUCCGACGGCCUGUGGGACACCUUCAGCAAUGAGGAGGCGGUGCGCUUCAUCAGGGAACGACUGGACGAGCCUCACUUUGGCGCCAAGAGCAUCGUCCUCCAGUCCUUCUAUCGUGGUUGUCCCGACAACAUCACUGUCAUGGUGGUGAAGUUUAAAGGCAAGGCCAGCGAGCAGUAGACCAUCCAUCUACCACAUACAGUAUCUAUAUUAUGUUUGAAUAUAAGUAAGAAUAGGCUUAAGAUGAAAGAUUUAAAAACCAAGCCUGCAAUUUUUUUGAGCAAGAACUAUUUCUAUCACAGAUAUUUACAGAACUUAGUCCUUCAGUGCAUCAACACCCCCCCACCCUUUACUUUUACUACUGUAAAAGUGGUACUUGUAGAAAAACAAAAAAAUGUCUUUCAUUUAGGCUUAGCCAUAUCUUUUAAACACCGUAAUGCGAGCUGAGUUACUGUUAUGCAAAUAAUCAGAUUUAGCUUUGUGCAGCUAUGGGAUACGCCCAUGAGUCUGCACAUAUUUGUAUGUAUGACUCUGUGUGUGCGUGUGUGUGUGUGUGUUUGGGAGAAGAAACAGUGAUAGAUGUCUGUCUUUGUGUGAUAAACUUGCACAAAGUGUCACACUAACCAUCACUUCAUUGUUUAGCCGAUAACGAGGAUUUAAAGUCUACGUGACAGCAUGGAGUUCCACUUGCAUAUUAUUUCAAACGUGAUGUCUUUCACCCAAUGUCUGUGUGACCACUAAUUUUAUAUUUUUAGUUUCCUAACUCUGUGUUUCCAUAUUGUCUAAUUGUAUUGACGUCUACAAAGUGACUGCACUGAAAAUUGUUGAACACGUUGGCAGGUUACUUUUUUCCUCGGUCAGACACAUCUCGCUGGUGCAAAUCAUCACUGAUAUGAACAACACAACUGAUACUAUGUCUAUACUUGUUCAAAUAUCACCAUUCAUACUGUACAGCAAUAGAACCGGUAACAUUGUUAUGUCACAGUUGCUGAACCUGAAGAUUCUUGAUAUAAGAAUGAAUGGAGUGUUUUGUCUUGACUUGUCUCGCCCCACUUGUCGUCCAUUUUGAAAGAUUGCUGUUAUUUUCUGUGCUGAUAAAGUCUCAUGUCUGUUUUGAUUGUUGAUCAAACUUUUAAGACUCUAAAGUUGAGACUAGUUUGUUCUAUUCUACCACUCUGUUCAGCCCCAGCUUAUCAGGAUCCACAUAACCACUGAUAAUGUAGAAACUGUUGGAUAAAAUAUUGUAGCUUGUCAAAGUGUCACGUUAAAUAUAAAAUUUAAUACAAUCUUUUAAAGCAAUACAUUGUGUAGUGAUAUUGUAGCAACAGCAUAAUGACUCUAGCUGCUAAUUAUUACUUUAUUAGCUCAUAAACGUACAUGAUUAUCUAAUUACAUUGACUGUUAUUAUACAAAUGUGUGAGAAAAUAAUUGUUUAUUUGGUUAAUAAUUGGUUGUAAUUUUAAUAUUACAUUAUCUAGAUAUUUACAUUAACAUUUUAGAUUUCCAACCCAUUUAAACAGGCUGUAAUUACAUACUGACAUGCUAUUCUGUUAUCUGACCUUUCCUACAUUAUCAUUUGGUACACUCCACAUGAGAUAUAAAUAAACUGACAAUUUACUGUUGACAUGUCUUGUAUUAAUGUCAUAUUCGUCAAGAUAAAAAGUCCUUCAUCUUGAUCAUUACUGUUCAAUCUCCAUUUCCCUGAACUGUAACUCAAAAUGUAAUAAGCCUUUGAAUGAAAUGCGUUAUUGUUGCCUUAUUUUUUUAACUGUUCAUUUCAUCAUGAAAUCUGCUGCCAAAACUACUUCUCAGUUUUAAAUGUAAUGCAGUCGAUCAUACAUUGCACACCACACGACCUCAGUGUCAUAACGUUGUUAACUCACGUGUAGAAUAGCAUCCGUGAAAGAAUGUCUCCAGGAGACAUGAAAUUGUAAGAUGAAUGUACAUAAUGUCCUCAUGUUAGUAUCACCCCUCCACUGUUUAUACAGCAAUGAAGAAAGCAAUGCGCCUGUUCCUGGAUUGUUUAACUUCAGAGAUAUAUACCAGAUAAAACUGUUUGUUUGUGCUUUUUCAGUUCACAUUCUUCCUCGAUGAUGUACGUUACAGAAUGUUUAUGUGGCAUUUGUACUUGUUUUUGUUGACUUUAAUAAACUGUAAAGAAAAAGAAUUCAGAAAUUUUAAAAUGUAAAUCAAAAACGUAACAUUAAAAUGAGAAAUGAUCAUAUCA